AACAUGAGUUGGAUAUCAUGAACGAUUCUCCACUUCCGAGAUUGGGUGCUACAACAGUUGCGGCUAAGGAAACUGUUAUCUCUGUUCCCUUCGCGAUAGGUUUCGUGGUAGAACAGAGAUAUUCAAUACUAUGUGCAACGAGCAGACCCUCACGGCGAUCUGCAGCUACUUGAAGCGCACGUCAUCAUGAUACAUGAGUGCGCAAGUAUAAUGCAACUAUACAACAUCGACGCCCCAACAUCCACUCUUCCCAAUCCCUACUCUUGCUCAAUUAGAAGACAAUUCAGAAAGCAGCAGGAAAUAAAACUAGAAUGACUUCUCCCAAUAUCGAACUCCUCACAGCAGGCACUCCCAACGGCCAAAAGAUCUCUAUCUUCCUCGAAGAACUCGGCAUCCCCUACAAGACCACUUCAAUUGACCUCUCCAAAGACGAACAAAAGUCUUCUUCUUUCCUCAAAGUCAACCCUAAUGGUCGCAUCCCGGCCAUCAUAGACCACACCCGCAACUCCUAUGCUGUCUUUGAGUCUGGGGCCAUCUUUCUCUAUCUUGCCGAGCACUAUGACACAGAUUUCAAGUUCAGCUUCCAGGACAGUGAUGAGGCGAUGGAAAUGAUACAAUGGCUUUUCUUUCAGAAUGCCGGCGUGGGCCCAAUGCAAGGGCAGGCGAACCACUUCGUGCGAUAUGCACCCGAGAAGAUCGAGUACGGGGUGAAGCGAUAUCAGAACGAAACGAAACGGCUCUAUUCUAUACUCGAAGCUCGCCUUGAAGAUAGAGAUUAUCUAGCAGGCAAGGGUCGUGGCAAGUACAGUAUCGCGGACAUAACGACGUUUACCUGGGUUCGGUGGGCACCAUGGGCGGGUAUUGAGCUGAAGGAGUUUCCGAAAUUGAAAGAGUGGUGUGAAGGGGUCGAGAAGAGGGAUGCUGUGAAAAAGGGCCUUUUGGUGCCGUCGGGUGAAGAUCAGAUCGAGAGACUAAGGAAGGAUCCGAAUGUACAAGAUCCGUUUAAAGAGUGGGUACAAAAGGGCCAGAAAGAAGUCGCAGAAAAGCAUGGGAAUUAACACGGUUCAUGACGUGAACAUAUACUGGCACACUGUCUAGUUCGACGGCUUCAUAUAUGGAGGAUGUGAAAUGGCUCAAGUACAAUGGAGAG